AUGAAAUCCCUCCUUGCGACUCUCGCGGCGGCCACGUCCCUCCUCAUUCCUUCUACUCAAGGCCUAUAUUUCUAUCUCGAUGGCACGACACCCAAGUGCUUCUACGAGGAUUUGCCGAAGGGCACGCUGGUCGUUGGCACAUACAAAUCCGAAGCCUACGUACCUCAGACCCAAUCCUUCGCCGCCACACCCGACCUCAACAUCCACUUCACGGUCGAAGAGACCUUCGACAACGACCACCGCGUCGUAACACAGACAACACAGUCCUCGGACACAUUCUCGAAAUUCACGUUCAGUGCGGCGGACGCCGGCCUGCACAGGAUUUGCUUUACGCCUUCGGGACCCGCCGCGGUCAGCGUGAAUGGAUGGUUCGGAAACGGGGGAAACGUGUUGGGAGGAGUCAAGUUAACCGUCGACAUGGCGAUCGGAGAGACCAGCAAGAUCGAGAGUGAAGACAAGGGCAAGAUUGACACCCUCGUGGGCAAGGUGCGGGAGUUGAACGGCCGAUUACAAGAUAUCCGGAGGGAGCAGAAAUUUCAAAGAGAGCGAGAAGCGGAAUUUCGCGACCAGAGCGAAGCAGUCAACGCGAGAAUCGUCCGGUGGACGUUGAUCCAGCUGGGCGUGCUGGGCGUCACUUGCGCGUGGCAGUUGUCACAUCUCAGGUCGUUCUUCAUCAAGCAGAAGUUGACGUAG